UGACAUCACUUGGUGGGAAAAUGGCGCUGCGGUCGGUGGUGUUUAACUGUCUGAAAUUUUCGUUUAAUUAAUAUUAGUUAGAGUGGUGUUUCUCUCAUCAAAAUGACACUAAGAUGUACACGCAAACACACUUUAAGUGUCAAGACGUUUGUUUAAAGACAAAAUGAAUCGUAGCCGCGAAAGAGGAACUGCUAGGUAUCUAGCUAGUUAGCCAAUCCAGCUACCUGGUUUACGACGCAGUAGAAAUGAACGACAAUGGCAAUAAUGCGGGUCGUUUUAUCUGAAACUUAUUAACUUCUUAUUUAGCAAGUUUCAUAAAGCCAUACGUAUUUAUAUAUUGUAGUAAUUACAAUGAUUGAGAUGGGGAUCCGCGGCGGAUGUUUGAUGUGGGUAUCGAUUUUGGUCCUGUGGGCACCGAGAUGGGCUGAGGGAGCACCUCUUCCGGAUUCAGCUACAGACGGGUCUCCUGGUCCAUCCCUGGAGCUGGUGGUGCUGCUGUCUGCUGCUGCCCUGGUGGUGCUGGUUGUCACGGUGAUCAACUGUGCAACUUGUUGCAAGGAGCAGGUGAUCAACUUCAAGGAAUUUGAAGACAACUUUGAGGAUGAGCUGGAUUUCACCCCCCCUGCCGAAGACACGCCUUCUGCCCGCGCCUCAGCCGAGGUCUACACCCUGGCUGUGUCCCCGGUAGCCUUGCCAUGCCCCCCCCAAUUGCAGCCACCUCGAAAUACAGAAGACCCUGUGCCCUCUCAGGUUAUUCGGCACAACUUGAGUUAUCUCCAGGAAGUGGGCAGUGGCUGGUUUGGCAAGGUCCUACUGAGUGAGAUGUACACAGAGCCCAGUGUGGCUCGGGUUCUGGUCCAGGAGCUCAAGGCCAGUGCCAGUGCCCAGGAUCAGAGCAGGUUCCUCCAGCAGGGUGACCCCUAUCGGGUCCUGCAGCACCCCAACCUUCUGCAGUGUUUGGGUCAGUGUGUGGAAGCCAUCCCAUUCCUGCUGGUCUUCGAGUUUUGCGAACUGGGAGAUCUCCGGAGCUACGUGGCCCGGCAGAAGGGGGAGCUUGCAGAUGAGGAGAAGCUUCAGCUGCAGAAGAUGGCGUGCGAGAUAGCCGCGGCUGUGGCCUUCCUACACAAGCACAGCUUCCUGCACAGCGACUUGGCUCUGCGCAACUGCUUUCUUACCGCUGACCUCACUGUUAAAGUAGGAGACUAUGGCACUGGGCCCUUGGCGUGCAAGGAGGAGUACAUCACUACGGAGGCGGACACCGAGGUCCCCCUGCGCUGGAUGGCCCCCGAGCUCAUCGGGGAACUUCAUGGUGGUGUGAUCGCUUCAGAACAGACCAAACCGGGCAACGUGUGGGCUUUGGGCGUCACGCUGUGGGAGCUGUUCGAGAGUGGAGUGCGACCCUAUCCCAGUCUGUCGGACAUGGAGGUGUUGCUUCACGUCAUCAAGGAGCAGGGCGUGAAGCUGCCCAGGCCGCGACUGGUCCUGCCGCACUCGGACAGGUGGUACGAGGUUCUGCAGUUCUGCUGGCUGGUCCCAGACAAGCGGGCCACGGCUGAGGAGGUCCACCGGCUGCUCACCUACCUCCGCUUGCAGGCCCAGAAGCAGUCUGAGGAGGACUUCGAGCAGCGAUGGGACGCCCUGAAGCCAAACCCACCAGCCAAGCAGGCUACUCUCAGUCACUCCUCCUUCCCGAUUCUGGAUCGUUUCGGCGAUGAGGUUUUGGCCCGGGAGGUAGACGAAGUGCUGACAGUGACAGAGACAAGCCGGGGACUCAGCUUCGAGUAUGUGUGGGAGACGGCUAAGCAUGAUCACUACAACAGUGCCAGCGGUGGUGGCCUUGCCUUGGACAGCGGAUUUAAUUACCACAACAUGUUCUUCCCCACGCAAGGGUACAGUCCAGAAACUCGCGCUUUACCGUCUCAGCCCGAGAAGGGCGCUGAGAUGUUGCCUCCACCCGGCGUCCCUGGAAUCUUGCCUGUCUUCGACGCGCACAAGACGGCCACUGGCAAUGAGUACUACAUUCAGUUGGAGGAGCAGGAAAAGUGUCGGGAUGAGGAGAACCUUGUGGAGUUCAGUGGGGGAUGUGAGGAUGGAAUGACCCCCAGCGGGCAGCAGUUUGUGGUGCUGCGGGACAUUCCCCUGGAUGAGUCCAGCACGGACGUGGACUUCUUUCAUCGCAGCGUAGACUCCAAGGACUCCUAUCUUCACGAGAGCCAGGCAUGGUCAUCCAGUGAUCAAGAGAGUCCCUACCACUCCAACAUCUUCAGGGAGAGUGGUUCCAACGUGAAGGACUCCAGCACCUGGGGCAAAGGGUUGGUGGAGAUGCCGGAGCUUAAUGGGAGGGGGGAUGCAGGCCAGCUUUCAGAGAGCAGCAGCAAACUCCAGGAAACUACCCUGGAGAACCAAGAUAUAAGGCAACUUCUGAACUCAGACAAGCUGACAGAAAAUUUCUUGUUCCUCAAGGACAAGCACCUAAUGAAGGAGGACUCUAAUCUGUCAGAGGAACAGGAGUCUCAUUACACAGGUAGUAUAGGAACAGAUUCAGCCUGUAAUCCAGGGACAAAUGUCACAUCUGAGGACACAUCUGAGAGAGUAGUGUCUGGCCUGUUUGACGGCCCUGUACAAUGUGGGGUGGGUUCGGUUUCUGCAAAUGAAGAGCAUUUGAACUCAAGUGCCGACAUAACUGGCUUUUUGGAGCCUUUUAAGAGUAUUGAAACACUGGUGCCUUUAAGUUCACUGGUUAAAGCAGAGAACUGCAAUAACCAGUUAUACAUAGGACAUGGCUCUUCCACUGAAGAUGUUCCACUGCAUUCCUCUGGAUCUGGCAUGGUUGUCCAUUCAGAUUCUACCUCUGUGAGUAGUGAAGUCACUUUCAGUUCUAUAAAUGGCCAUCAUUCCACGGUGAGCUGUGAACAAACCACUGAAGACUUUUUGUGCACCGGUGCCAAAAUCUCCAGCCUGGAGGCACGUUCAGGAGCUUCCGGGGAAGAUGAGAACCCCACAGACGUGAAGGAUCUUUCAGAGCAGUCUAGUCUUGCUUCUUCUGCUGCACAUAUGAGUAAGACUGUGGUGGGCGGUGGCCCAGCUGAAAGCACUAUGAAGGAUGUUAAGAACAGCUUGAACAUUGUGCUGUUUGCACCGCCCCAAGCCGCAGAUUCAAGCCCAGGGUCAUUAGUCAGUCCUGAAAACAAUGACUCAUCUUUAGAUGAAUCUUCCUUCCUGACCUCUGAUCCUUGUUUAGACAAGAUCAGCCAGGACAGUCUGCUGGACAGCACUGUCUCCACACCACUGUCAACCACUGAGCUUUCUGCCGAGACGCCAGACUCGUCAGACUCCAUGGGUCCUCAGAAACUCCAGCCCCCACAAAAAGCAGUGGACAGUGGCUAUGAAACGGAGAAUCUGGAAUCUCCGGAGUGGAACUGCCAGGCUGUCGCCCCAAGCACAGUGCUGCAGCCUGACCUGCCGCAGAUCAUUGUUUCUGGGGUGGAAGCUGAGGCUGACCUGCAGGGGGAAGGGACCGGGGACGUGGCCUUGCCCUCUGCCCAGUCAGGUAGUGCUCCUCCUGCCAGUCAGCUUUUGCCAGGGGGCAGUCAAGCUUGCCGAGACUCUGCGUAUUUCUCUGAUAAUGAAGCAGAGCAAGAUAAGAAAUAUGAAGAUGGGGAAUGUGCAGGGAACUCGAGUGAUGCCACUCUUUGGUCAACAGGGACCUUUGGAAACGUAGCAUCAGUUCAUCAUAAUGUUUCUGGGGAUCUCAUAGUAGAUACAGUUCCGCAGGAUAUUAUUACUGAAGGGCCAGUGUCCCACCUGAGGAAGGAGAUGCCUGAGCUAGUCCUCAGCACCGAGGAGGACUGGGACAGGAUGAUGAAGGUUGUUAUCGAUGGUACAAAGCAGGAGCUUGAGGUGUUCCCAGAGCCCAGAGUCGGUCUGGAGGAGCCUUUUUCAAUAUUUGAGGACCCAGAACAAGUCGAGAGAUGCAGUGCUCCAGGAAGCCCCCCAGAAGACCGAUCAGUGCAAGCAAAGCUGCUCCACAUAGGAGAGGGUCCCAAACUGAAGGAACCUGACGUCGAGGGAAGAUACCUGGGCAAGCUGGAAAGCAUGACCCCUCUAGUGGUAGUAGAGGAUGACAUGGAAGCAGAUGAGGAAGACGAGGAGGAGAACAGCGAGGACUCGGACGACGACGUGCUAGCUUACCGGCUGCAUAGCUCCGACUCGGAGAGCGAGGACGACACCCAGUACCCAGUGCCUGUUGUUGUUACGGACACUAGUGACAGCCACAAACUUAAGAGCCUGCUGAAGAACACCAUGCCCUCACCUAGCAAGUCGUCACUGCCAGGCAGCUAUAAUGCUUCCCCCAUUAAAAAGGCCAUCUCGUUCUUUGAUGAUGUCACCGUUUACCUUUUUGAUCAGGAGAUCCCCACUAGGGAACUGGCCAGCCCAGCGUUGCGCUCCAGCAACUUGGCCCAGUUCAAGAGUCCAGCAUCCUCAGGCAGUUUCCUGGCCCGCACCCUCUCAGAGGGAUCCACGGAUGAAGAAGGCGGCGGGUUCGAGUGGGACGAUGACUUCUCCUCUGACUCGCCCUUCAUCUCCAAGGCCACCGGCAGUCUGGGGACGUCCAGGACAUCUGCCGCUUUCUUCUCCCUCCCUACAAGCCAGGCCUCUCCUUACGCCAUGUCCGCCGCGGACCGCGCCCACGACCAGAGCUGGGCCUCCCGCUUCUCCAUCUCCACUGCCAGCAUGGCCUUGUCUCUCACGCACCUCACCGACUCCGACACGGAGCAAGCAGGGAGCAGUGAAGAUGGAGAAAAGGACUAGCCAGCAUGGGGUUUCUCCCGUACCUCCGUCAGGUCCCAUGAUGCACCUUGUUAAGCGAAGUCCGUCGACUGGAAGCAUGAGCUGGCCACCAAAAUGCUGGACACAGGAAGUAGCUGGAAUCAGCACUGCAUCAAUUCCGUUUCCAUGUUCACUGCACGGCUCGAGUCGCACUUUACAGUGGCUGGUGUUACCCCAGCAUACAGCAGUUAUCUUGGGCUUGCUGGGUUACUGGCGGUAAGCUCUGCACUCGGUUUAGAAAAUUUCACUGGCCUUGUAAUGGCCGGAAGCGGCAUGUAGCUCUGGUCUGUGUGCUCGGUGCUCCACUUGUUCCUCUGCAGAUCAUAUAGGUGUCGCCCACACUGUGGGAGUCCCUCAGCCAUGCCAGCCACCCCCAGCAGCCUUUCAUUUACGCUGGCCUGGCUAUCAGUGCAUCGGUCCGGGUGUCCAUUUUAAUGCUAACCUGUAUCUCUUUCCGGCCUAUGGCAGGUCUGGGGAGUGAUUUGUAAGCCUCUGCGAGUCUAUGGUGCCUCAGUGAGCAGCCUGGAAAAGGGCUGGAGGUUACCUUAGGUGUGAAUUUCAUGAUUAUGUACUGUUAGGGGGAAAAAAAACAAAAAAAAAAAUCAGCUCGUUUAUUGAAGAGCUCCCCCUGCUGUGUCCUGCAGGUAGUGCAUGCUGUUUUCUCAUUGUUCUUUGGCUUCAGAAGUCGGCUGAAUCACGGUGCCUGUGAGGUUAAUGAUUGUAUUCUUUCCUUUUAUUUAUGUAAAAACUGAUUAACUACAGACGAUAAAAGAUACCUGCAGCCAUAUGCUAAUUGAAGGCCUUGUGGUUAAUAUGGUUUUAAGAGCAAUUUGGCACAGGUGAAGUAAGUUGAGAAACGGUUUGUGUCGGCCUCCACGGCAAUUCCGAUGUAAAUCAGUCUCUGUGUUUGAGUGAGUAUAACCCCCCCUCCUUUUAAUUAAUUCUAACAUUAAGGCCAUGCUGGAUGCCCAUUUUUUUCCCUCUUCCAUUGAGAACAUGUGAGACCGAUUAUGUCCCAGCUGCAGUUUGAUCUCGUCAGGGUCACUGUCAAGGAUGGAUGGAUCAUAGGCAUCACUGCUUAUAUUUCAGCUUUUAUUUGAACGGUUUCUGGGCAGUCCUGUGUGCCCUGGUCGGAAACAUCUGCCGCAGAAGUCGCAGGAUCGAUUGUGUACGUAACCGAGCGGUGGAUGAAAUGCAGGAGCAGGAAGGAAAACUUAAAUAACACAUCAGUUUUUAAAGGGGAGUUCGUUAGCGAACAGAAGACUUCUGCGUUCAUUAUCAUUUUGCAAAUGUGAGUAGAUGCCCAUUUUGUUGAAGUACAGAAGGCACUAUAUUUUAGUAACAUCACCUUUGUAAUACCUAGAGUCUGUGCUACAGUCAAACUUGAAAUUUUAAGGAUUUUGUUUUACUCAACACUACAUACAUUUGCUUAAUCUUGCACAUUUAAGAGAUCUAAUUGUUGAACUGUAUGGAUGUAUAUAAAUGUUUAAUUUUGUCUGUAAAUUGGGAUAGUUGUAAUGGAAUUGUAGGUAUGAGGUUUCAUUUUGUAAUUUAAAAGCUUUGUUUAAAAAAAAAAGAACAUUCUGGAAAAGGUACUCUGCUGAUAUCCAAUGAAAAAUACAUGAGCAGAUGAGGAAAUGCAGGUCUUUGAUGUGUAAAUUUGAACAAAUUGUAAUAUUUUUACUUCAUAUUGAUGAUCAUGCAUAGUGUAAUUGAAUGAGUUGUUUAUAAUUAAAUACGCUAUGUUUAUUUAA